AUGAUAUAGAUCACAUAAAUACUCUUCAAAUUUCCUAUUCUUUUGUCAUUUCGUCUCUCACUCAAUAACUAAUAUUCAAACUUAAUUAUGGUAUUUAAAUUUACAAUUGACGAUGUCGUCAACAAGCACAUUCCUCCCAAUAGAUUAGACAGAUUACCUAAUAUUAUUGGAAGGUUCUUAGGUGCUCAUAAAACUACUCCAAAACAUGAUUAUUUGAUUUGGUUAGAAAUUUUCCUUGGAAGUUUCUGUGGUAUUGCUUUAAUUGAAGGUGUUUUUAAGAGUAAUACUGCAUUUACUGCUCAUAAUGCUCCACUUAUUAUUGCAAGUUAUGGAGCUUCUGCUAUACUUUGUUUUAAUGCUUCACAAGCUCCAUUGGCACAACCUAGAAAUGUCUUAAUUGGACAUUUUAUUUCUGCUUUAAUUGGAAUUUGCAUCCAAAAGCUUUUCCUGUUAAGUGAAAGAGGUAGAGAUAAUUAUUGGGCAAGUGGUGCUCUUAGUGUAGCAGUUGCAUCUGUUGCUAUGUCUAUUCUUAAUUGUGUUCAUCCACCUGCUGGAGCUUCUGCUCUUUUACCAUCUGCAGAUGAAUCAAUAAGAGCCAUGAGUUGGUGGUACUUGCCUGCUCAUCUUGUUUCUAGUGUAUUGAUUAUUUCUGUAGCUUUAAUUACUGGAAAUAUUAUAAGAAAGUAUCCUGUUUACUGGUGGACUCCUGCACCAGUUGGUAAAGCAAAAGUUGAACCAGAACCAGAACCUGCUCCUGCUCCUGCUUCAGCUCCAGUUCCAUCAGAGGAAGAAAAUAAAUUAUCUUCAAGCGCAAAAGCUGAAUCAAUUUCAUCAUCAGAAGAUGUAAAGGAAGGUAUUACAUCCGUACCAGGAUUGAAAUACAUUCAAAUAUCUGGUACUGAAACCUUAGUUCCAGCCGACUAUGAUUUGGAUGAACUUACUACUGAAUGGUUAAAUGAAAUGAGGAAUAAAUUGCAAUCAUUAAUUCCCAAAAAUGAUAGUCCAGUUUAAUCAAAUAUCUUAUGACUAUUUUAAUGACAUUUACGAGAUUUGUUUCAUUAUGAAUGAUAUCAAAUGCUCUAUUAAUUAUAUAGCUAAGUUUUAUUGACUAGCUAUUCGCUUUGCGUAUUAUCAGCUAGCUCAGUUUAACUUAGCGAUGUACAUUUACUUUGGAUGAAGUUUUUUUAUUUGUAUUGACAAUGCUAAUCAAUGUUUUCAACUAAGGUUGUUACUUUAAAUGCUACUAAUGCUUUUUAUAUUUAUUACUAUAAAAUUUUGGUUAAAAAUCAAACAAAAUCAAUCAAUCAAUUAAUUAAAUAAUAUAUUUUUAUAGUGUAUCGUGAUCCUAUUUACAUGGUCAUAAUAAUCAUUAUCAAUCGUUACUGAAUUAAUGUUUAUAAAUUUCAUCCAAAGGUACAAUUCC